AUGGACAAACCUCAUCCGUUGAGCCCUCCAAUGAUAUUGCAAUCAUUAAAACCAAAAGAUGAUUCAUUUCGACCUUGUGAAGAAGACGAGGAGAUUCAUGGCCCUGAAGUGCCAUAUUUAAGCGCAAUUGGAGCUCUGAUGUAUCUAGCUAAUAAUACAAGACCUGAUAUUGCUUUCACUGUUAAUCUAUUAGCUAGGUAUAGCAAUUCACCUACAAAGAGACAUUGGAGUGGGAUAAAACAUUUAUUGCGCUACCUUCGAGGAACUAAAGAUCUUGGAUUAUUUUAUCGAUCAAAGCAAGAUGCUACUCUUGUUGGAUAUGCAGAUGCUGGAUACUUAUCAGAUCCCCAUAAGGCUAAAUCACAAAAUGGAUAUGUAUUCACAUAUGAAGGUACUGCAAUAUCUUGGAGAUCCACAAAACAGACACUGACAGCUACAUCAUCAAACCAUGCAGAAUCGAUCGCCCUUUAUGAAGCAAGUAGAGAAUGCGUUUGA